AUGGGCAGGGUUUGGAGACAUUCAACAGCACGAUUAAGUGUAUUUAAGAAUAUUCACACAGAGGUUAUUCUUUAAAGGAUAUAUUGACGUCUCCUCAUUACAAAGGAAAUAAUGAAGGUACUGAAUUUGAAGAUCUGUCUGACACUGGCUGUCAUUUUCUUUCUCGCAGAUAACGGAUUUGGUGCUCCAGAAAAAGGUAGAUAUAUGUGGGUUAAGUGCAGGCCAGACGCCACGAAUCCCAACUGUGAGAUACAGAGGGGUCCAUGGAUGGACUUGCCUGGGCCUCCUGACAGACUCCCUCCAUUUGCAGUAAAGGAUAUAGUGCUGGAAGAGGAUGGCUCAGAGCUAGAGCAGUCAGGCGAGGGUUCUGACACUGGAAUCCUCUUCACUGAGCAGGGCUCUGGCGACCAGUUGGCCAGCGCAGAUGUGGACGGGAUUGACUACUCUAACUUUGUUUACCCACAGAAAAUGACCAUGGAUCAGGCUCUGCCUCGUGCUCGGGAAUUGAAAGAGGAUCACCUGAUCCUGUAGCCUGCUAGAAUGCAAAAUAUUGAAAUGUUGAUGUUAAUCUGUUUGUGUAAAAAAGAAUUGGCUUUUGCAACCUCUCAAGAUUAGAGUAGCACAUGCUUUUUGACCCAGUUAUUGAUGCUUGGCUGUGUAAAAUUGUAUUUAAUCUGAUUUAGAUAACUGAAGUUUAGUUAUUUUCCCAUGGAACCAGAGAUUAAAUUAGUCUUCCAUGUGUUUUUUUCUGUAUUUUUAUUAUUAUUUCUAAUACCAGCCAAGAAUGUUAAUAAUUUUAUUUUUAAACAUGAUUUUCAGGGGUUUAUCAUUUAUUGUUUUACAUUUUAGUCAUUUAGCAGACGCUUUUAUCCAGAGUGAUUUACAGUAGUGAGUGCUUAUAUUUGUUUACAUUUUAGCACUGGUCUCCUGUGGGAAUCAAACCCACAACCCUUGCAUUGCAAGCACCAAGGUCUACCAACUGAGCCACGAUGAAAACUAUAAGAUAUAUUGUGAAACACUCUGUUUUCAAAUAUACUUUAUUCAGAAUUUCCACGAUGGUCACAUUCUAACAUGAUAUCAUUCCGCACUUGUAUUUUCUCACCCGAGCAAAAUGUUUUGACAAUUUUAAGGAUUAAAUAAACAUAUGUUUUAAUCAUCCAAUGAUUUAUAACUCAAAUACUGUUUUAGAGAGGAUUUGAGCUCCCUAUGCUUCUGUAGCGUACAUGAGUCGGGCUUAUGGUCUUGUGAUGACGUAGCCCUGCCUGUGGUAUUCCCUGUUAGUCUAAUGGUCAAUACAUUGGUUUCUCCUGUGGGAGACCAUGGUUUAGAUCCAGUACCAGUGGGUGCCGUUUAAGAUGAGGGAGAACAAUUAUUUUUCUUAUGAGCGUGGCCUUAUUUCAAUUACAGCAUAUUGGAUGACUGUCAUUCAUAUUCCAUUCACCCAGCUCAAAGUAACAUCGAUAGGUUUAGGCUACUACAUGAAACUCAAAUUUUCUCUACACCGAUCAGAUGGAUGCUACAAAUGUUUCACUAUUUAAAUUUGAAUGAAAUUCACUGAGGAUGGUCCUCCCCCUCCACUGUUCAGAUCCCCACAUGACACUUCCACCACACUGUGUCAUUUCCUGAACUGCCCAUAGUCUGUUAUCACACCCUUGUGUUGAAUAUUUCCCGGAGCUUCGUCUGUAGAGUUUCUCAUGACUUAGAAAACCUCCUGUUACAAAAUAUAUUAGCCUGUCUUGAGUUAGUAAGUGGCAAACACACUUGCCUCUCUUUAGCAACACUUUCCAGAUGAGAAUGCAGGAUUAAAACACUAGAGUGUAUUGUUCUUUUUAGUACACACAUAGUAGUGCUCAGGUUUCACUUGUGUUUUUGUAUCUUUAGCUUAUAUGUCAAACUAUAAUUUUGAUCUCACAGACUGUCAGUCUUUGCAUUCAUAGAUCCAUCUUUGAAUUUGAGAGUGGUUACAUUUCUCCAGGCUGAAUAAAGAAUUAAGGAUUGUGCAUUUAAAGGUGCAAGCCCGCUCCACCUAUCCAUGACUUUAGGUCACAUGAUAGCUCAUGGAUUUUAAAGUGUGAUGUUUGCAACAAGAGGAUUUACAGUGCACAUUUUUCUGUCAAAAUAAAAGUUUACUGAGUAACGCUGGAUGGUCACACAGUGCUAUAUGUAUCAGUCAAGUGAUAUGAAUAGGGAUAAUCUAAACCUCUUCUAAGGAAAGUUACUGUAAACAAUAGAGAUAUUGCCAAAACCUUCAGAAAUGUAUUGUCAGCCGCAAACAGUGCGUGUUAAUUUACAUAUAUUAAUGUUCUUGAAUGCUCCUUUCCAGGUGAAAGUGAUUUUUAGCCUAUGCAAGCUGCUUUGAUAACAUUAUUUUCAUACUCUGGUGACACUUCGAAAAAGAGAUCUCAUUCUCAAUGUGAUAACCUAAAUAAACAUCUGCUACCUUCA